CUGCGGAAGUGAAACAUGCAGAAACGGAGGCUGGUUAAAAGCUAGCGGUAGCGUGCUCCUUUACCGUGUUUUAAGCAGAAAUUGUUUAUGCAUUUUUUUUUUAUUUAAAUCGAAGCCAGUCAUUCUGAAAUGAGAGCGUUAAUGCUUAUUGCAUUGGUUUUCGUGAGUGCACAGGCCAAAACAGGCGAAGACGAUGAGUGGGUGCAUUUACCGAAUAAAUGUGAAGUGUGCAAGUUUCUGAGCAUUGAAAUGAAAUCUGCGUUUGAGGAAACAGGCAAGACAAAAGCAGUUAUUGAUACCAACUACCGUUUCUUGGACAAUAAAGGAGCACCUCCAAUCAAAUACGUGAAAUCUGAUAUUCGGUUUAUAGAGGUGAUGGAGAGCGUUUGUUCAAGGAUUUUGCAGUACAAUCUACACAAGGAAAGAGAUGGCAGCAAUCGCUUUGCAAAGGGUAUGUCUGAGACAUUUUCCACCUUGCAUAACCUGGUCCAUAAAGGCGUGAAGGUUGUCAUGGACAUUCCUUAUGAGCUGUGGAAUGAGACAAGUGCUGAAGUAUCUGAUCUCAAGAAACAGUGUGAUGUGAUGAUUGAGCAGUAUGAAGAGGUUAUUGAAGACUGGUAUAAAGGUAGCCAGGAAGAAGACCUGAUGACACACCUGUGCGAGAAACAUGUCCUGAAAGGACAAGACACAUCUUGUCUGCAAGAAAGUUGGGUUGGGAAGAAAGGAGACACUGCAGCCAUUGCAGAAGACAAAAAGAAAAAGAAGAGCAAAAAGAAGGCCAAAAAUAGUGAAGAUGGCCAGAAAAAGGAGAAGAAGGUAAAGAAGAAGAAGAAAAAGAGUAAGCUGUCUGGUGAAAAUAGUGACAAGCUGAAAAAAGAGGAGGAUGGACACACAUCAGACGAGGACAUUCAGGGGAAAACUGAACUCUGACCUGUAGAAUAUCUGAACAUCAAUGUUAUUUUUUCAUUUGGUCCUACCUUCUCGCCUUCCCAUUAAAAUGCCCACUCUUAAAAAACAAAGUGCCAAAGAGAGUUCUUUGCAGUAAUGCUUUUCUCUAGAAAAAAAAGCUUCCAGUUUUGGCAGCGAAUCAUUCAUUAAAAGUUCUUUAGGGAACCAAAAGUGGUUCUUCUAUGGCAUCACUCCAAAGAACCAUUUUCGGCACCUUUACUAUAAGAGUGUAUCAGUGGCCACAGAUUGUGUUUAAAACUAUGAGGUGCAGUAAGGCAGUGGUGGUUUGUUUGAAUAUUUUUUCACUUCUCUCCAUCUUUCUCUCUGCUGUCUCAGUUGAGGGAACCUUUAGUCAAGAAGUUUCACAUUUGGCCAGUCACAGUCUUUACGAUCUGCAGAAGUAUCUCUUUUCACUUCAAUUGAAAGGGUUUUCCAUAGAUUUUUCAAAAUACCUGCAUAAUUCAAUCACGUAAACAAGUCAUUGAGUGAUUUCAUGUGGAGUGGUGGAUUGUAGAGAAACACUGAUUCAAAUUCCUUUACAGUGGUGCUGAACCAGAAGCCACAAUGUCUACAAUUCAAAUAUAGUCAAUUUAUUCAAAUUCCAAAAUGACCAGUGAACCUACACGUCUUAGUGAGCCUACACAUGAGUGUUUUAUAUGUAAUGUUGAUAAAGGCAAAACCAGUAGUUUGGGUACUGUUUUACUGUUUUGGGUACUAUUUUUAUUCUGCAUAGACCUCUCUGCCAUGAAUACUUUUUUUAGGCCAAAAGCUUCCUUUCAAACAAUGUCUGAGGCAUCAAGUAACAUUUGUAACCACUUCAUAUAAUAACAUUAUGUGAGGCAGCUUUUAGAGGCAUUCAAUGCUUCAGACAUCUUAUUCAUAUUACCCCUGCUAUGAUCAAAUCUGACUUUAGUUUCUCUAGAAUUGAUUUUGUUUACAUCUUGACAAUGUAAUUAUGUAGAAAUUGAUUAACUCUCUUCAAGAUACAUUAGAGUUUUAGGUUAAAAAAAAAAAUAGAAUGUGUUGUAUUUUAAAUGGGGAAAAAACUUGACUUGUUCUAAUAUUAUUGGUCACAAUUUCGCAGAGAAACCUAGAUCUCAGUGAUGUCUACAUUGUUCUGCAUUUUAAUUGAAGGAUAAAGCAUUUCAGUGAAUAAAUUCUCUUCAUAAUUUAUUCAUGCAUUCAUGUGUGUUAGGUUGCAAUAAGUUCCUUAUAAUGUGAAUUUGAUUUUAGAUGUUUUUGCUUUAUGUUUUCUAAAGUCCUUUGAGCAUCUUGCCAUCCCAGUCUCAAAUUUGAAGUUUUAGUGUAGCUUAUUGUAUUUUAGACAGUAUUGAUGAGGUUUAAUCUCCUUCUUCCUCAUCUCUGUAUUGUGCACUAUUAAUGGUGGAAAUUGAAAAUCAUCACAAUUUGAGACUUAAAAGUCAGUCAGUGUUACAUGGUAAAUUCUUUUUCAAAGAUGGUUUAUUUACCCCUGCUUUUUUAAAUAUAUGUUUCU